UGUUUAUAAGCCGGAUUCGAAGACAAGGAGUCAGUUCUUUUGAUGUUUCACACCCAUAUGCCUAAAUUCACUUCCAUCCUCUUCUCCACUCUCAAACUCCCACCCUCAACCCUCCUCCUCCGCCCACCAACCCACUCCUCCUUCUCUCGCCUCUUCAGCCGCCCUAAACAACCACACCGCAACACCAAGGUCAAUUUCUCCUUAUCCGAUUCCGAAUCCGAACCCGAAUCAACACCACCACCUUCCAACAAAACAAACCCACCGCCUCCUUACAAUCCCUUUAACAAAACCCCCGUGAUCACCGAACCCGAUGACCCAACAAACCUUCAGGAAGUCUUCCACAAGAUACGCACAGAUGGGCUCAACAAUAGUGCAGUUAAGAUGUUCGACGCAUUGUCUAAAGACGGUCUCACUCAUGAGGCGCUUGAACUUUUUUCCCAGAUUAAAGAUAAAGGUUAUAUGCCCGAUGUGGUGGCUCAUACGGCUGUGAUUGAAGCGUAUGCAUCUGCAGGUAAAGCGAAAGAGGCGCUGAAGGUGUAUAUGCGGAUGUUGGGUUCGGGUGUGUUGCCGAAUGCGUAUACUUACACGGUGUUGAUCAAGUCGCUUGCGGGAUCUGGUGAUGGGAAGUUGGUGGCGGAAGCGAACAAGUGCUUUGUGGAGAUGAUGGGGAAGAACAUUAGACCCAAUCCAGGGACAUGUUUGGCGGUUUUCGAGGGGCUUGUGAAGGGAGGGAAGGAGGAAGAAGGGAGAGAACUGGUGGUGAAGAUGAAAGCUCUUGGUUUUGCUCCAGAUCAGGAGGGGUUGAGAGAGUUGCUGAAGAACAAAAGAGGUCAGGUUUUUCGGUCUGUAAUGAACAUUCUCUUUGCUGAAUGAAACUAAGAAAUCUGUACUUGUUGGAGUGAUUGUCAUUUGGGUUUGCAUUUUACAGUGUUGUUCAUGAGUUCAUGAUCUUGAUUGGCUUUGUUGGUAGUUUUGAGCUGUAAGUUGGUUGGAUCAAGAUAUAUUGUCAUCAUAAUGUUGACAGACUGAA